AUGAGGCCGCUGUCCUACAGCUGCUGCAACACCACGUCGGUGGAGAAGGGAAACUCAGCGACGAUGGGCGGGGUGCUGUUCAGCACGGGCCUCCUGGGCAACCUUCUAGCCCUGGGGCUGCUGGCGCGCUCGGGGUUGCGGUCGUGCCCGCGGCGCUUGCCGCGCCCGCCGCCCUCCGUCUUCUACGUGCUGGUGUGCGGCCUGACGGUCACCGACCUGCUGGGCAAGUCCCUCGUGAGCCCCUUCGUGCUGUCCGCCUACGCGCAGAACCGGAGCCUGAGGGGCCUGGUGCCCGCAUCCGGCAGCUCGCUGUGCCAAGCCUUCGCCUUCUUCAUGUCCUUCUUCGGGCUUGCCUCGACGCUGCAGCUGCUGGCCAUGGCCCUGGAGUGCUGGCUCUCCCUGGGGCAUCCCUUCUUCUACCGACGGUACAUCACCCCGCGCCGGGGCGCACUGGUGGUGCCUGUCGUAGGCGCCUUCUGCCUCGCUUUCUGCUCGCUGCCCUUCGCGGGCUUCGGGAAGUUCGUGCAGUACUGCCCCGGCACCUGGUGCUUCAUCCAAAUGGUCCACGAGGAGCGCUCGCUUUCGGUGCUGAGCUACUCAGUGCUCUACGCCAGCCUCAUGCUGCUGCUGGUCCUCGCCAUCGUGCUGUGCAACCUGAGCGCCAUGCGCAACCUCUACGCGAUGCGGCUGCGGCGGCUCCCGCGCUCUGGCCCCAGGGAACGAGCGGAGCUGGCCGCCGGCGAGAGGGUAGAGACUCCGCAGCCCCUGGAGGAGCUGGAUCACCUCCUGCUGUUAGCCCUCAUGACUGUGCUCUUCACCAUGUGCUCCCUGCCUUUAAUUGUGAGUCGCUUGGGGCUAAGGCUGCGGGAGACUGAAGCGUGUCGGGCCGCAGUUGCUGGGAGGGAAGGGUGGGGCGCAUUGGACGCGGUGCAAGAGGGGCUGCGCCCUGAGCCAGGAGGGUUUGUUGCUGCAUUCCCCGGAUCAGGUUCCCUCCACAGCCCCCAGGAGAUAGAACCCAAUUUGUUGAGCCAAAAGAGUAUCGUGCUUACUAUGGAGCUUUUAAAGCUGUUCAUGAGGAAAAUGGAACUGCUGAAGAAAUUGAAGACCUCCGAGCCUUACGCUUUCUCUCUGUGA